CCAGGAAUAAUUUUCGCACAGACAACACCUAAAAAUAGUUUAUCUUCCGUGUUGAGGUUUUGACAUCUGUCUUUUUCAGUCACGUCGAACAGGAAAAUACGUCGAGGAGUGUAGAUUGGGCUACGUGCAGCCAGCGGUGUUGUGAUCCAGACCAAGCAAACAAACAGCAAAACAUCCCCAAUGAUCUGUUUAGCAGACAACGACGCGUUGAUCAUUGAAUUGGGAUUUUGAAUAUUGAUCCAAUUGUGCAUUUUUUCGUACACGGAAACUCAAAGCUGUGGAAUCUUCCAGAACCGCCCACCCGCCCGCCUGCGUACUUGUUUGUCUAACUAACUGGUUCACGUCAAGGGCACGACCCAGUAUGGCUCACGGAGUCCCAGACCACCAACCAGCCCUGCCUGUGGACCAGGCCUCUGUGCUGUCUCUGCCACCCUCCACCCAGGCUAAAGAUUUCAGUCAGAGAUGGACCGUGCUGGACUCUUUGCUCUGCGGGGCCUUCGCAGGUGCGGUGGCCAAGACGGUCAUCGCUCCACUGGACCGAACCAAAAUCAUCUUCCAAGUGUCUUCCAAGCGAUUCUCUGCCAAGGAGGCUUAUAGGUUAGUCUACUGCACCUAUAUGAAGGAUGGGUUCUUCAGUCUGUGGAGAGGCAACUCAGCCACCAUGGUGCGGGUCAUCCCCUACGCUGCCCUCCAGUUCUGCUCUCACGACCAGUACAAACGACUACUGGGCGGAUACUAUGGUUACCAGGGCAAAGCGCUGCCACCCCUCCCGCGGUUCCUGGCAGGGUCCCUGGCUGGCACCACCGCUGCCAUGCUCACCUACCCGCUAGACAUGGUCCGUGCCCGCAUGGCAGUCACCCCGAGAGAAAUGUACAGCAACGUUAUGCACGUGUUCGUCCGAAUCUCGCAGGAGGAGGGCUUUAAGACCCUGUACAGAGGCUUCACCCCCACCAUCCUGGGCGUGGUCCCAUACGCAGGCCUCACCUUCUUCGUGUACGAGAGUCUGAAGAAGCUUCACGCAGAGAGAACACUGCGGUCCCAGCCUCACCCAUCCGAGCGCCUGGCCUUUGGGGCUUGCGCGGGCCUCAUCGGCCAGUCGGCCUCCUACCCGUUGGACGUGGUCCGCCGAAGGAUGCAGACGGCUGGGGUGACGGGCCACCCACACACCACGGUCCUGGGCACCAUGCGGGCCGUCGUACAGCAGGAAGGCGUGGUGCGGGGGCUCUACAAGGGCCUCAGCAUGAACUGGAUCAAAGGGCCCGUCGCCGUGGCAGUCAGCCUCACCACCUUUGACCUCACGCACAACCUCCUCCACAAGCUGCAUCAGGUGGACCAUUACACCCACUAGCCAGCAGGGGGAGCCGGAGGCGCAAGCCGUCGUCAAAUCCACUGAGGAAGCCACUCACAAACGAGAUGAAGGGGAGGAAUGUAGUUUUCGGUUCACUCCCCUCACUGAGGUGGUUCCUACGCACUCUGCAUGUCAGUCAGGGGACUCAGGGUGAUGUGUCUGGACGAGGAGAAGACACGAGAGGGUUGAUCAUGCUCACAGCUGCUCUCAGACACAAACACGCAGUCAGACGCACAGUUGUUGAUGUGGAAAUGAUGGGUGAGUUUUGUGUUUUGAUUUGAUUGUCAGGCAGUUUUGUGGCUGUGGUGUUUUAUGUUCAUGGGGACCCUUGUCAUGGUUGUGGAUCAUUUUAACUUGAAUAAACUCCAUAAAGAUUAACAAUUUUAUUAUCCGUUAACGAUGAACCUAAUAGUUCAGUUCCAUUAUUGGCUUAGGCCUGUUUUUAAUUAUAUAUUUUUUAAUACAACCAUAAUAAUGCUGCUUUCCUCACCGUUUUAAAUGUUUAUUUUAAGAAUGGCAGGGUUAGCUGUGCAGUGUUGCAUGUGGUGCUUCCAUGCAGACCCUGAGUAGCUGUGUCGAUUUGUAAUCACCUUGUGCGCCUUGCUGAGUAGGGAAUAGUGGUCAGAUGACACUUUUUCAAAGGUUUUCUCCUGGUUCCAAAGAAAGCUUCUUGUUGGAGUCUGGAAAGUGAAUCUAUGGUUUAUAUUAUGCCAAGAUGGUCGGGGUUGAAGAGGGAGAAUGAGGGACGUUAGCAGGACUGAACGGGACCGCCCUGUAUCACAAGUCGGUUUACGAUUACAAUGUAUUGUUCAGAUUUAUAUAAAUGGGGUCAAAUGGAUACCGUCCACAGUUUAUCAAAUGCAUGCAAAUCUUCAGACAUAAGUAUUCUGUUAUAGUAUUGAGAAAUGCUUACUGUUUAGAUAAGUAACUGACUACACUCCAAUUAUGUCAUGUUGGUAAGUAAUUGUUUGGUUUGCUGAUGCCUAUAAUUGUACAUUUCAGAAUCUUGAUAUGCCAAAGUGCUUACUUCUGGACUACAGUCUUUAUGGAAAAUAACUGUUUGUCAAUCAAGUGUUGUUAUUUUGCUGAAAAUGCAUCCCGGUUUGCUAUUUUUCUUAGAUGUAUAAGUGCAAAUUGGUAAUAAAUUAUCUACAUGUAUGCUUCUAUCACAAGCAAACUUGCAAUAAAGACCUUUUAAUGUAAAGCCA